AUGACGACACCAGACUUCCUAUGGUACCAGUCCCGGCAGACACUCAAGCUCGGCGACGUGUGCCGCUACACCAUCAAGUACACCACCACGGACCCGCCGCAUGAGAUGUACGUCCGCAUCAAGAACUUGGAAAACACCAGCCUCCGCGCCGUCAACUUGUUCAACGGCCCCAUCGUGCUCUACUGCCAUGUGGUGCCGUGCCAGUUCAACCACCUGCGGCGGUACGUGGCGCAGGACCCGACCCACAACAGAGAGGUGUGUUUCCGCAACACCGUCAAGCCGGGCCAGACCUUCAACGUGCGGCUCGUGUUGAACGACAACAGCUUGCUAGCCCACAACGCCAACGGCUCGCGCACCUACCAGUGGGAGUGCCAGGUGAUGUCGCAGAUCGUCAUCAACACGCACCUGACGCUCACGUUUCUCAUGAUGGUGGGCAGCGAGCUCGAGAACAUGCAGCGCAUCUCGCGGUCGGUGCUCACGUCUUUGACCAAGGGCGACUUUGCGCCGCCGGACCACGAGCACGACCGCCACGAGUGGGGGAAACUGUACCGCCGCGGGCUCGACGUGGUGCUCGAGCAGACAGACGACCUCUGGCCACCGGCUCCCAAACAGUCCGACAAGCCUGUGCACUUGGUCAUUGUCACCCACGGCAUCUUCUCCAACCUCACGGCCGACAUGCUCUAUUUGCGGGACCGGCUCAUGGCCACCACAGCAGAGAACUUGGUGGUGGACGGCUUCCGCGGCAACGCAGGCCACACGGAAAAGGGCAUCCACCGCUUGGGCGUGGGCGUGUCGAACUUCGUGGCGCAGCGGAUCGCCCAGCUUGAAAAGGGCGGCGGCGUCGAGAGCAUCUCGUUUGUGGGCCACUCGUUGGGCGGGCCCGUGCAGUUGUAUGCGCUCAAACACCUUCUUCUGGUGCACGGCACCGACUACUUCUCGCGGCGCCACAUCCGCCUCCGCCACUUUGUGUGCUUGGCCAGCCCGAUGCUCGGCGUGCUUUCCGAAAUGAGCCUCUGGAUCCUGUGGUUUCUCGACUUGGGCACCUUGGGCAAGACCGGCCGCGACUUGACCUUGCUGAAAAAGCUCCCCCACUACGUGCGCCACUUGGGCCAGCCCAAAAGAGACUCGUUCCGGCCCUUGCUCGAAACCUUGCCCGACGAGCCUGUCCAGACGCUCUUGCGCAGCUUCGAACUGCGCACCGUCUACGCCAACGCCGUUAACGACGGAAUCGUGCCCUUGCGAACGAGUGCUUUGCUCUACUUGGACUGGGAAGCCCUUGGCGACGUCACGGCCAUCCAGAAGCAGGAGGCAAACACCGACGCCGGCCUGACAGGCGUGGUGCCCACAGAAAAUGACGGUGCCUCGCAGCAUGCGCCAGGAAAACUUCCAGAGGCCACCAAUGCUUCUGGCCAUGAGUUGGGCGAGGUGCCUGCGGAGGAGCCGGCCAACAUGAAAAAGUACAACAACUUCCUUGCGUCUGCGUUCGGCAACGACAACAGCGAGCAGGGCAAUGGCGAGAGCGACUCGCCCAAGUUGAGCAAAAACAAGUUGCGGCGCUUUCGAAAGUAUGCCUUGAUCUCGGCCAAGGGCAGCGACACCCUCGAGCUGGACUCGGAGGCGUCUGAGGAUGGUCGGAACGGCACGCUGUUGUCUCUCGAAAGCGGCCGCCCGCUCCAUAUCCCGCCCAAAGCUUCGACAGUGGAAAGUGCGCUCAAUUCGUUGCUCUGUCCGAUUCCGUCGGAAAACUACAUCACCAACCCGGAAAGCCGAACGCCAGUCAUAUUCCACGACAAGUACUACCACUUCAACAACAUUCCCGCCCACGAGAACACCCGCACAAAGGGGAUCAAGAAGCUUUUCCGCUACACGGACUGGAAGAUCGAGAAGCAGGCCAUCAUAGCGCAAAAAUACCAUGCGCGAGACUUGAGCUGGCGCAAGGUGCUAGUUUACCUUCCGCCGGAUGCCCAUAACAAUAUCGUGGUCAGGCGCAGAUUCGCCAACGGCUAUGGAUGGGGUGUUAUAGACCAUUUGACGGGCGAAAUCUUCGGCACGCAAAUCAAGGCGAAGAUGUAG